GAAAAUAAUUGAAAUAAUAAUAAAAAAAUAAAAAAAAAUUCAGGGCCAGAGCUUGCAUUGGAAGCGGAUUCGGCCCAAAUAGGGAAGGGGUGUGAAGAAGGCCGGAAAAUGUGGGCUUCAGUCGAUCGGAGCCCAUUUACAGAAGCUCCAUCCGUCAAACCGCGAACCGACGUUGAGAGAAAGCCGAGGUUCUUUCUUUGUUUGUGUCUUCCUACAGAAAGAAAGCGAGGCUCUUUCUUCGCCGCCGGUAACUAGGGAUUUGGGUUCCUACCGAAGGUGAGAGACAAGACCUAUAGGGAGCGGGAUCGAAAAGCGGUGAACGGAAAAUGGCGGGUAUGGGAGACGGGUACGUGGGCACGGCGCAAGACGCCGUGAGAAUCCGUCGGCUGGAGAAGCAGCGAGAAGCUGAGCGCAAGAAAAUCGAAGAGAUGAAGACGAAGUCGGACAAAGGCGGGCCUGGACUUCUCCAGUUCGGGUCAAGUACAUCGGAGAUUCUCGAGACUGCGUUUAAGAAAGAAACUGUGGGGUUAGUUACAAGGGAGCAGUAUGUCGAGAAGAGAGUUACUAUACAGAAUAAGAUUGAAGAAGAAGAGAAGGAGAAGCUUCAGAAGCUGCGGCAAGAGGAGGAGGAAGCACAGCUAGCCAAGCGCAAAAAGAGGAAGAUUAAAGGGAAUUCAAAGCUUUCAUUUUCUGAUGAUUUUGAGGAUGGGGCGGAAGAUGAAGAUGGUGGAAUCGUUCUAUUUGAUGGUAUGUUUGAGAUGCAUUACAUCAGAACUGAGUUUUCAAAAUUGAUGGAUGUGAUAGAAAGAGUGAAUUUGUUCUAUUGCCAUUUGAACGUUGGCUUGCCUAUUGUCUUGUCAGCAGAAGAACCUGUUCCAAAUAAGUUGGCUCGUGGGAAAUUUGGCAAAGAUCCCACUGUAGAAACAAGCUUUUUGCCUGACAGUGAGAGGGAGGCUGAGGAGCAAGCUGAACGUGAAGUGUUGCGGAAACAAUGGGUUCGCGAGCAGGAGCAGAUUAAAAAUGAGGCCCUUCAAAUUACUUACAGUUACUGGGAUGGAACAGGCCAUCGCAGGGCAAUCCAGUGUCGAAAGGGUGACAGCAUCGGGGAGUUUCUGCGGUCCGUUCAACAGCAACUAGCACCCGAGUUUAGAGAAAUCAGAACAACUUCUGUUGAGAACUUGCUCUAUGUGAAAGAGGAUCUUAUCAUUCCUCAUCAACACAGCUUCUAUGAGCUCAUAGUCAACAAAGCUAGAGGAAAAAGUGGACCGCUUUUCCACUUUGAUGUGCACGAGGAUGUGCGUACAAUUGCUGAUGCAACCAUAGAGAAGGAUGAGUCCCAUGCUGGUAAAGUCGUCGAGAGGCAUUGGUAUGAGAAGAACAAGCACAUAUUCCCUGCAUCAAGAUGGGAGAUAUACGAUCCUGCAAGGAAGUGGGAGCGUUACACAAUCCAUGGUGACUGAAACUGAUGUAGACUUGCUGGGUAUCAGUAGGAUGGGAGGUUGCAACUAUUAAAAUGGGAAGCAGAGCUAUAUCUACUAUUUGGGCUGCACCUUAGUUGCAAACAGAACUAUGUUUUUUUUUCAUAUUACCGAGUAACUUAUGUCUUAGCAGCACAAGCACUUGUGUCCUGUGAGAUUGGAAUGUGAAACUAGAGAGUGUAAUUUUCCUGGUUGGUGUUGGACUGUGAAUUUCUUUUGCAUGCUCUGAGAAUCCCUUUGGCAGAGUAUUACUGUUUUAAUUAUGGUUGCCAACUAUUUGUGCUAUUAACUCUUUGCAAGCA